AUGGGCGACAAGAUCAGCGAAGAUCAGGUCGCAAACCUGCUGGCGAUUCUCCGCACUGACGCCUCGAUCGAUGCGAAGGUCAACCAAAUCAAUAAUGUCAAGUCCGGGAUCAAGCAGAACAAUGUGCCAGAACCAUGCAUUGUUCCUCUCUUCGAAGCCUCGCGCAUAUCGAUGGCAUCCCAGCAUGCCGCUAUCGCCAAUGCUGGAUUCUCGACCUUGAACCAUCUGCUCUCACGCCUAUCGCGACAAGAUCCAAAGCCGAGACAAAUGGUUAAGGAGGCAGCGCGAACCUUGCCCGUGGUUAUAGACAAGAUGGGCGACCCGAAGGAGAAGCACAGACAGCUUGCGGCGCAAUGCCUUACGACCUUUUGGAAGGCCUCGCCGUUGGAUGUAGAGAGGAUAGUCAAGAAUGCAGGCCUCGUAGGCAAAAACUCGAGGAUGAAGGAGGCUUCCAUGAAUUGGGUUGUACAGAUGCACCAGGAGAAUGCUAUGCCGUUCAAGAGCUUUGUUUCAACCCUGGUGGAGCUUCUCGAGGACGCGGACGGUAUGGUUAGAGAUACAGCCAGAAAUUCAGUCAUAGCACUUUUUCAGGACGCCCCGAAUACUGCGAAAUCUGAUUUAAAGAAGCAAUUGAAGAUUUUCAAUGUUCGCCCGGCAAUUGUAGCAGCUAUCAUCCCUCAUCUUGGACCUGGAGGACCUUCUGAGCAGACCGAGCCCGAGGCCGACUUACCACCAGCUCGCUCGGCUUUCGCGAACAGCGUCUCCUCGAUGUCUAGUACUAGGCCAGCCACGCCAGUGACAGAGCCAAAGAUCGAGAAUGUGGAACCGUCAUAUGUCAACACAAAUAGGGAGCUGGAGGAUACCUUCAGGGACAUGCACCCAUUCUUCGAAGGCAAGGAGUCAGAGGCAAAUUGGUUGAAGAGAGAACAAAGUUGCACCAAAUUGAGGCGGCUCAAUGCCGGAAACGCUCCAAGCGAUUUUCACGACACUUUUCUCGCUGGGAUCAAGGCGCUUCUGGAUGGAAUUCUAAAAGCAGUCAACUCCCUGCGAACAAGUCUCUCAAAAGAAGGCUGUAGUGUUAUCCAAGAGAUCGCUAGAAAUGCUGGUCCGGGAUUAGAUCCCAUGGUAGAAAUUCUUCUGCAAAAUCUGAUCAAGCUCUGCGGUGGAACGAAGAAGAUCAGUUCUCAGAACGGAAAUCUGACAGUCGACAUAAUCAUCAGUAAGGUUUCAUACAACAUUCGAAUCAUGCAACAUAUCUGGUUGGCAUGCCAGGACAAGAACGUACAGCCAAGAACAUAUGCGACCGGAUGGCUAAAGACAUUACUGAAGAAAGAAGCUCAUCACAAGAGCCAUGUUGAGCAUACUGGUGGCUUAGAACUGAUAGAGAAAUGUAUCAAAAAGGGUCUGGCAGAUGCAAAUCCGGCUGUUCGAGAGAACAUGCGGUCUACGUAUUGGACCUUCGCCCAGACUUGGCCAGCAAAGGCCAAUGCUAUCCUGGCGACUUUGGAUACUACUCAGCAGAGACUCCUGGAAAAUUCCCCUGAUAACCCAGGUUCUCCAAGGAAGGUCGAUCCUGUGGCUACUGCUCGUCCGGGAAUGGGAUUUAGCAAGAGCACAAAUGUCCCGUAUAAACCUUCGCUGAAAGAGACAAUGAUGGCUAAAAAGAAGGCAGCCCUAGCAAACAAAAACCUCCCGGCACGUCCAGGAUCGGCAAUGUCUUCGUUCUCUCCUGUGCGGACAGUAUCAUCUUCCUCAACGGUAUCCGCAAAAUCAGACACGGUAUCAAAGGGGCGAUCGGAGUCAACUACUGUUGCUCAUGGUGGCCUUUCUGUUGCUCCAAUGCGACCCGCAAAGUUCCGCCCUGCACCCCGACCAGAAAUGAUUGCUAGACCUGCGACAGCAGGCCCAUACUCGGUCAGACGACCAGGACACGGCCCCGGCAACAGUGAGCCUCACACAAGCCCAUCGGCGAGACAGCCAAAGGGUAUAACACCAAGUGCAAGUAGCACUACCCCCCCAAAAAAACUCCUGGCCAGACCAAACACCAGUCACUCUAGCCAUGCGAGUACAAGUCACAACAGCCCUGCGAAGGUUGCUAUUAGUAAAGUAGCAGCCUCACCACGCACGAGUCCUGCGAGACCCAAUAUUUCGACGACCUCGACCAGAAAUCUCGCCUCGUCAAGCCCAGCGAAACAUGAUGAGGAUUUCACAAUGCUCGUGCCUACCCUUUCCGGAGAUAAAGAGCCACACGCCAAGAUUUCACCACUGACGGCGCGGUCUUCCGACGAACAGGUUAUUGUGACACCUGUAAAACCCAUUAAAAUUUUUGAGGAUCCUUUCUCAAGCACCGAUGACCCGACAACUCCUCGCCCCGAUGUCAUAGCACCAGUCCUCGAGGAAGUUCCUGUUAACGAAGAUGCAUCCAACCUAGCUAUAGCUCGGAACGGCAUCGACAGGGUUGAUUCUCCCAAGGGUUCCCCAUUGUCACCAGAGAAAUUCAAGCAGAACGCCCGACUUCUCGAUAGCGGCAUCGCAAAGAUCAAGGCAAAGUCACUUGAUGUUCAUGGCUUCCGGAAAUUGCAGGGAUUGAUCCGAGACAACUAUGCGGCAGCUUCAGACGAUAAGUUCGAUGCUUUGGUCAGCGGUCUCUUUGAGUACCUUGAGGCACGCCUCGACACCCUUUCUCCCGAGAAGGAUCAGGACGUCAAGGCUCAGAUUCUGGGCACCAUCAAGCUCAUGUACAAGAAAGACCGCGAGGGAUUCCGCCCCCACGUGGCCAAAGGACUGGAGGCGAUCCUGGCAACUCGCAGUUGCUACGAUGCCCGCACACACAUCGUUAGCGGUCUCGAGCUUCUCGCCGAUGAACUCGUCACGCUAUCGAACCCUACACAAACGACCGACACGAUUACCGCCCAGCUCCAAAAUAAAGACAUGACAUUAGAGGGCUGCAGAACCCUCAGCAUGGGUCUCCAUGUUUUGAAAGAGCUGUUAGAUUUCAAGAAGGAGUUUGUGCCGACUGAAGAAGAGGUUGGCAAUAUGUGCAAGCUGGCGGCGAGGUGUCUGGAAAGCUCCGAGAGUGGGGUGCGGAUGGAUGCUGUGCAGUUGUGUGUCAGCAUGCAUGCACGGGUCGGAGAGUCGAGAUUCUGGGGUGCGCUUGGAGGUGUGAAGGACGACCCGAAGAGUUUGAUCACGUAUUACAUUGUCCGGAGACAGCGGGAGGUGGCUGCUGCUCUGUGA